GUCGGCUGCCUGUCACUUAGAGGAAACAGAUGCGGAGCUUAUUUCAGAGCUGAAAAGACAAGUGGAUUGAAAUCGUCUGAAUUAGUCACUACACUCCAACUAAAAGGUACAAAUCGACGACUUGGUACAGUACAGUUCCACUAUUUUGGAAGUUUUGCUCUGUUUUUGAUAACUUUGAUCUUCAGUAUAAUAAUACAGUGGGACUUUGUGCUGAAGAUUGACUCAGUUGGGACACUGAAGCCUUGGUCCACGCAGCGUCUUUGCAGCGCACUCUUGUAUUUGACUGUCUGAUUUGAAAUGUCCACAAUAAUGGAACAUCCUUUUUAUGACGACUCGUUUCUCUCUGCUUAUGGCCAUCCAGGCGCAGCGCUGCCAGACUACAAGCUGCUAAAGCAGAAUAUGAACCUGAACUUCGCCGAUUCAUAUCGGAACUCAAACUUCAAGUCCCAGCACCUGCGCGCCGACAGUGAUUUAUAUUCGGCGGAGGCGGCGGACGUGUGCUCUCUGAAACUUGCUUCUCCUGAACUGGAGCGACUGAUCAUCCAGAACAGCAACGGGGUCAUCACGACAACGCCGACACCUGGUCAGUACCUUGGCUACCGCGGGAUCACAGAGGAGCAGGAGGGCUUCGCUGAAGGUUUUGUCAAAGCGCUGGACGACCUUCACAAGAUGAACCAGAUGGCUCCUCCAAAUGUGUCCAUCGGCACCGGCGGCGUCGCCUGCUCGGCUCCAGCCUCCGUGUUUGGGUCCUCAAUGCAUCCAGAACCGCUCGAGUACACCACCCUGAGCAGCUGCACCAACAACCCCAGCCUGUCCUCUGCAGCCAGCUAUCCCUCCACCACCAUCAGCUACCUGCCCCACCACCAGUACCACCAGCAUGCUCAGGCCGUUGCGCACGGGUCCCAUCAUUUCCAGCACUCACUGGCCGGUGCAGGUAUCCACUCACAGCGCUUCGGUGGGUUGAAAGAGGAGCCACAGACUGUGCCCGACAUGCAGAGCAGCGAUAACAGUUCGCCGCCGAUGUCCCCCAUUGACUUAGAGAACCAGGAGCGUAUCAAAGCGGAGCGCAAGCGACUGAGGAACCGACUCGCAGCCUCCAAGUGUAGGAGGCGAAAGCUGGAGCGCAUCGCUCGUCUGGAGGACAAGGUGAAGGGGUUGAAAACAGACAACGCCGGACUGUCGAACACGGCCUCCGUACUGCGGGACCAGGUGGCCCAGCUCAAACAGAAAGUGAUGACGCAUGUGAGCAGUGGCUGCCAGCUCAUGUUAGCGCCGAAAGUGAAGUCUUAUUGAAGAAACAAUGCACUUUUAUAUAUAUAUAUAUAUAUACACACUGGACAAGGACUGCACUGACAACACGAUGAACAACGUCGUUAGCCUACUCAUAGUAUACGAGAACUGGAUCAUUGUGGUUUAUCUUGCUGAAAGAAAAUUAGCCUACACACAAACCACACCAGACUAAAACACUUCGGACAUUUUGAAUACGUUUUUAAAAGUGUCCAUUGGCUUUGCCUGUUUACAUUUUACUUUGAUUACAUUUGUGAUGCUUAUUGUGUAAGUUAUUUGAGUUUGUCAGGUUGAGCUUGAUGAGCCGG